AUGUGCCUCUUCGUGCAGUCGCUGCUGGCCAAGAGCCUCUCCAACCUCUUCCCCCUCAGGCUGUUGGGCAGGCUGCACCUGGCCUUCCCCUACGCGCUCCUGUGCCAAGUGUGCUUGGAACACCCCAACAAAGCGAGAAUGUUCACCUUCCCUGAACGUACCGACGGCUACUACUGCUCCAUCUGCUCCAUCAUUUCCUGUCAAAAGGAGUGGGAGGCAUCGAGAAGGCCCUUGCCGCCAGAAUUCGAUGAGGUGGACCUGUGGACGUGCAUGGAUUGCGAUCCCGAGAUGGCCUUCGCCUGGGCGUACGACGCUCGGGAGGAGUAUGAGGACGAAUUGGCAGACGACUUCUGGGAAUGUGCUAGGUGUGGCCACACUCUCGAGGACGACUAUUACGAGGGCCAGGUCCUGAGGGAGGAACUCGAGAGGGACCAGGAGAAGGCGUUCUCCACCUGCGCGGGGUGUGUGCUCAAUAGCCAAGAAGUCGAAGAGGUGUGCUGGAGCUGCUACAAGGACACGCAGGACUGCCAGAAACGACUGGCCGCCAUGGUGGCCUUCCUCGACGACAGCCUGCCGCUGGGACUGCGCAGGGAGGUCGCCGCCGCGAUCACUCGGCACGGCGGCCGCGUGGUGUCCUGCCUCGGCCCUGGCGUGACCCACCUCGUCCGCUCUUCGGCACAGCAGCAAGACGCCACCGCAGCCGAGAAUCAGCCAAAGUCGCCCGCUGGAGGUGGCUGGGUGGUGGUGCCGCCGCCGGUGGUGCUCUCCUGGUGCGCCAACCUGCAGCGCUGA